UAACACUUAUUAUAUUAUUCCAUCAUGUGCUAACUGAGAGGUCUUCUACUUGAUUUGACUAAUGCGGAACUAAAAUGUGCAGUUACAGUUUACAGGGGAACUUUCCGCUGUCGGACCAAAUGAGCGGAAGUUGUGUGCUUUGCUUGCGGAGGUCAAGUUGCGCUGGUGCUUCUCGUCAGGGACGUUCAGGUACUUUUAAUGGCUGAUAUCUGAGUUUAAAGAGCUGCUCCGCUCAGACGUAAAUAACUCACUUUACCCUCCUGCAGGACAAACGUUAACCGGUGUUUAUCCGGGAGUAUUGUGGAGUAACGCGAGCUGCUGCACGUCAGGCAGUCAUGGUGAAGAAAAGGCGACUUCGUCUCAUCGCAGAAAUGGCUCGGAAGAUCCGGGCGUACCGAGAGCUGAAGUCCCGGCCGCGGGAGUCCCAGAAAUACGCCCUGGACUACGAGACGAUGAAGCGGCCUCACACGGGGAAGAUGCUGCCCGUGCUGGCCUGGCAGGAUGUCCGCAGGGAGAGUCGCCUCUUCUCCCUGCUGGCGGGCAUGAGGCUGUUCGGAAUGGGCCGCCUCUUCACCCGCAAGUCCUGGCUGGAGGAGCACACCGAGCCCAGCUACUGGCAGAUCACUAAGGUCAAGGUGGACUACACCGCUGAGAACAUGGAUCAUGGCAAAGCAUGGGGGAUCCUCACCCUCAAAGGAAAACAGGAGAGCGAGGUCAAGGAGCUGGACAAGGUGAUGUACCACGACUGGCGCCUGGUUCCCAAACGCAUGGAGCAGCAGAUGAAGGACUUUGAGCCACUCCCCAAGCUGCCCGUGCGCUACGUCCCUUACCCUCCUCUGCUCCGCGCCAUGCUGCUGGCCCAGCACAAGAAGGCAGUGGGCAGCGUAGUGGCCGAGGAGCCGGUCUUGCCUCUAAAGAGGGACGUCCUGCUCAACAAAGACUAUUUCCGCAGGCAGGAGCAAGAGACGCAGAGGACGGAGGGGACAGCGGUGUGAUGCUCGUGGUUCUGAAGAGGAAAUUCUUGGGAUGUUUUGGACAAAAUCAGUGUCGAUGGAAGCUGUAACUUCUUCUGUGCGAGUACACUGGAAUCACCUCAAUGUCCCGAUAUGUCCUGGACUCAAAUGACUUCUCUGAAGCUGGCCUCUCCGAGUGUGAUAUGUAUCUGUGCAAUGUGGUAAAUAUUAAAUUUAAGAUAAAACAUUGC